GGAACUUUUUUGAAAGUUUUCCUCUUUUUCUCAUUAGUUUACUUGAGUAUUCUAUUGACAGUGUGCACAGCACAAACUCAAAACUCUACUAUAAUCAAGAUGGAGAAAUACCUCAUGAUUUUCGAUCCAAAAGGGUCCAAGGAAGCGUCAAUUGAUGAUGCUGGUAACCCAGUAUACCAAAUCUGGAAGAUCCAUGAUAAAUGGAAUAGAGAAGAUGGAUUAUCAUCACUUUAUGAAGUCCAAUUUUGGGAAGAAAUCAAAGAGCGUUUAGAAGCAACAUUUUCUCCUGCCGAAUCGAGACCUCCUAUUUCCGAAACUCAACUUUCGACCUCAUUCUAUCCUAUGGGAAACGAUACGGAAGAUCAGUCUGCGGAAGAACAAGUGGUGGGGUUUGAAUAUGAUCUUGAUGGUUCGGAAUAUGACGAUGAAUAUAAGGAGAUACUCAACAAGUUCGAUAGGGUUACAUUCCAAGCUACAAUUGACUCGAUACAUAAAAAAUCUGGAGAAGAACUUGAAGCCAUGACAGAACAAGCCAUAGCCAAAUUAAGACAGGAGGAGAAUUCUCCAAUGGCUGAUGCUAAUGAUGGAGAACAUGUCGAAAAUCCUGGAAUGAUACUUGAUGCUUAUUCCAACAGACUUGUCGAAGCACAUUCAAUAGGUCUAAAAGAAUUGGUUGAUGCCGCUUUGGAUUUGAAAGGUUUACCUUGUGAUAAAUGGGUCAAUAAAAGAAGGGAAGAUGGAAAUCUUGAUGUCAUGAAACUUGAGCUUCUCUUCAUGUCAUCGUGUAUUCAUCCUGAUGUAUUGAAACAUCUCGUUCGAGGGGAUUUACCCAAAGCUUACUCGGAUCCCUCCAUUACAUCUAUGAGAGUACAUAUGAUAUCUAUGAUGGAAGGAAAUAAAAGAGAAAAGAGGAUUUUUAUCUACAUUCAUUAUUUGGUCAAUGCAAUUGGAGUAUCCCCUUCACCCUCACAAUUGGAAAAUGUUUUGAAGACAGCUGACAUUUACAUUAGGGGAUUUGGUAAGCCUAAUGAUCAAGCAUCAUAUCGAAUUUCCAAAAAGAUUGAUGAAAUGAUUGGUAAUCACAAAGCCGAACCAGAUGGAAAGAGAAGAUACAUCAAGGGUGAUACUCAGUAUAAAGUUAUAAAUGAGUGGAUUUCUCUGGUUCGUGGGAGAAUUGAAUUUGAUAAACUCAACAAUCGUUGGAAUGAACCAUUAACUCGGCCCAUUUCCGAAGUCGGAUUUGCGUCAAGUCUUCAACGUUUAGAUCAACAUAGAAAGCAUGUUAGUUCCAACUAUAUUAUGAAUUUGAUUGAGGCCAUCUUUGCGUUGGAAGGUGGCGUUUAUAGGAAUCGUCAAUACAUUGUUUUUAAUUGUAUUGAACCAUGCCAUGGAACAUUUGGGGAAAUUUUAUGUUCAAGAUAUGCUCAAGCUUAUUCAACACAUGGUGGAGGAUUCUCUCAUUUCGUUGCUGGUGUAAGUGUUGCUAAUUCUUAUAAGCAUGAAGAACAAAAUUGGUCCUUGGCUAAAGAAGAUUUAUUGAAGACAAAUUGGUUCAAACCAAUUAUUAAAGAGGAGACGAUGAAACUACGAGAAGAAAUCAGUAUGAUCAGUAGACUCUAUACUUCAGCUCAAGAUCAGGAUGAAGAAUUGGAAGAGAUGAUUGAAACGAUGGAAAGUUUGGAUUGUUUGAAAGAGGAAUUGUCGGUUAGUGACGAGAGAUUAGAGGAAAUGGCGGAUGAGUACACUAAUCUUAUGGAUCCUAUGUUGGAGUUUUUAGCUUUGGUUGAAUCUGGUGAUUUAGAUGACUGGGUAGUCUAAUAAAUAAAACAAAUAUCAUAAUCACGUUGUAAAGCACA